AUGCUUCGUGGAAGGCUUUGCAGGGACUUCGACCUGGCCACUCUGAGUCUGAGUCGGAAGGCGGCAGGGCAGUCUACCAGCCGGGUACGAUUUCAUUACCCUGUGGAGGUGCUGGCCGGGUCGAUCGAUAUGGGCUCGAUCGUGCCAGAGCCGCUGCUCGAGAUGCUGGAGGCUGGCCACGGCUUACUGCGCGAUCCUGCUGAGGUUCACUCCUUGUUUGAAUAUUGUACUGAUAACUUGCGCUAUCUAGACCCGAAGCUUGCACGGCGGGGCUGCGAUGUCGCCCGCGCCCUGUCGGAUCUGUUCGACGCGGGUGUGGUUGAGGCAGACCCCGGGGGCGCUUUGGAGGAGAUCGGAUUGUUUUUCGUGCGGCGCAAAGACAACAAGCUUCGCUUGAUCGCCGACACGCGCGCUGCCAACCUUCACUUUGUCGAGCCGACCUACACCGAACUUGCCAGCCCCGAGGCUCUCGCCGCCAUUGAGCACGAUGGGCCCGACAUGAUUGGGUUCUGCUCCGGAGACGUUGAGGUGUGUUUCUAUCAGUGCGAGCUGCCUGCCUGGGCGAGGCGGUACUUCACCAUGCCUGCGAUUAAGUCUCAGUACUUGACUGCUGCUAUGCGGGGACAACUGGGUCUGGCGCGAGGCACGUCGGAGCUCAAGUUCAGGUUCCGCGUCGUGCCAAUGGGCUGGAGCUGGGCUGUCCACUUGAUUCAGCAGGGGCAUCUUCACGUCAUGGAGAGAGCCCUGCAGAGUGGCCGCUGGGCACUUGACAAGCGGCCGGGCGUUGACUUUCUGCAGGAGGACGCAAAGGUGCUCUACAUCGAUAACUUCGCCGUGGCCUCGGUGGACCAAUGGCGCGCCGAGAGGGCCGCCCAGGUGAUGCGUGAGGCGUUGGCGGAGCUCGGGGUGGUCAGCACCAUCGAAGCGACGGACGGCAGCAAGGCCGAGUUGCUGGGGUGCGAGCUGGACAGGAGCACGGGGCGCUGGCGCAUCAAGCCUAAGCGAUUCUGGCGGCUCAUGGGUGCUCUGGACUACCUGCUGGAGGUCAAGGGCAGGAAGGUGGCGGGCCAUGAGAUUGAGCGCGUCCUGGGGCACAUCGUAGCCGCCUGCGUGCUGAGGCGGGAGGCGCUGGCCAUGCUGUCCGCUUGCUACACCUUUGCAGAGACCUCAGGCCUGAAACGCCAGGCGCUGUGGGCCAGCGCACAGCAAGAACUGUUCUGGGUGCGCUCGCUGUUGCCGUGCAUCGCCAGUGAGAUGGGCAAGCCCUGGUCGCAGACUGUCACAGCGUAUGAUGCGUCACCUUGGGGAUACGGGGUCGUCGAGACUGAGUGGGGGCCCGAGGAGGUCGCCAGCCGCGGGCGGCUGUCCGAGCGAGCCAGGUUCCGCGGGCCACUUGCUGCCGCUGGCGCGCCACGGGAUCGCACCUUGGAAGCGGAGUUCCCGGAGGUCAGCUCGAGCGCCUUGACGGAGGCUACCUGGCGAGUGGUGGGCUGCGGCCGCUGGAGGCGGCGUGAGGCGAUUCACUGUCUCGAGGCCGCCUCUGUCUGUUGGGCCGCGAGGCGUAUAGCUAAGCACGCUCGACGGCAUGGCCAGCGCCACCUCGUGCUGGGAGACAACAUGUCGGUCACGCUUGCACUCGCAAAAGGGAGAGCAGCUCAUCAUCGUCUUCUGCUUGCUUGCCGAGUCAUCUUCGCUGUCAGCGUCGCGGCCGACAUUCGCUUGCAUUGCCGAUGGUUACCCUCGGAGUGGAACCCCAGCGAUCAGGCCUCCCGCCGUUGCCAGCCGCCUGGGCUCAAGUACGAGCGUGGGCGCGGUGUGCAUGGAGAGGCGGACGCUGACGGCUCGGGCGCCGAUUCCGCCGUCCACCUGGAGUUCCGGGUCAGGCCCAGCCAGCGGGAGCAGCAGACGUUCCCGCUCGGCGCGGCGCACGACGCCAGGCUCGGGCCGCGCGGCGAGGGUGCCCACCUCGGGGUGCCUGGGCCCUGGCCGGCGAGCCGGCGCGGCGACGCAGAGGUGCGGCGACAGGUUGUGCAGGAUCGGGGGCUUCUCUGCCCGCGGCUGCCCAGGCUGGCUGCCGAAAAGGUCAGGCUGAAGACUCAGACGAUCUACCUGGGCGACUGGGAUUGCACGCUGGUGGAGUUCGUGGAGUGGCUCUUCGACAAGGGCGGGGCGGCUGCAACGGCGAAGCGGGUCGGGCCCGCUCUGCUGUGGGGAGACCCGCGGCUUGCCUUGGGCUCGCUGCGCACCGCCUUCUCUGUCCUGCAGCAGGCGCUGAAGGGCUGGGUUCAGCAGCGGCCCGAGUUUUCGCGCCCCCCGCUGCCCUGGGUGGUGGUGGCCGCUGCGGCCCGAGAGUUGCUCGACCUCAACAUGGGGAUGGCUGCAAUUUGGAUCAUGCUAAUGUUCGAGACCUACAUGCGCCCUUCCGAGUUGCUGGCGCUCUCGACCGACCAUGUGGCGUUGCCGCUGCCAGGCGGGUGGGGGGCCGCCCGUUGGCUGACCUUCGUCAUUCGGGCCCCGGAGGCGCUGGUACCAUCCAAGACGAAUGCCUUCGACAUCAGCGCCCCGCUGGACUUGGAGAGACAGCGCUGGCUUGCCCGCUGCGUGGAGGCAGUGGUGCGCCGCCGCGGCUCGGGCAAGUCGCUCCUCGGCCUGGGGCGCGCGGACUUCGCCGCAGCCUUCAAGACGGUCUUGAUAGGAGUUGGUGCCUCGGUGCUGCAGGGCACGCUCUACUCGUCAUUGGCCGCCGUGCAGCAACGCGGCGGGUGGCGCGCAUUUCGGAGCGUCACGCGGCACGAGAAGCGCGGCCGCCUGGGGCUCGAGCUGCAGAAGCUGGAGCCGACACGCCUCGCGGCAAUUCGGCGAAGGACGGCUGGUAUCGAGCUCGCCUUCGAGAAGUACUUCGGGCUGCGCUGA